AUAACUGAAUUCUCAUUCCACCGUUCAAAGGACGUAUUUUAAGUCAGUGAGUUGGUUUACGGGUAGGUGAAAGUACAUCGCAAUGGAUUUCUUGUCCCGGUUGAGAUUGAUUUGGUUGACCGGAUAUCUUUGCUGCCUAUUUCCCAAUGCCGUUAUUACGGCGAAUAUUUUACGUUAUAUCCUCGACAAAAUGCAGAUAUGCCAUGUUCAUUAUCGCCUAACGAGGAAGGAGUCUGUGUGUAUGCGUAUUUGUGCCCGAAUGGUGUGAUAAAUACAGAUGGUGAAGGACUACUAGAUCUACGCAUGGGCGAUAUCUGCGAGGAUUACUUCCUAAGGUGCUGUUCCAAAGAAUCGGCAUGUGCGGAAAACAACGGCAAGUGUGUUUCCAUAGAAAAGUGCGGAGUUGAUCUGAAUGAACCGAAAUAUAAGCUGUUUAAAAAAUCAGAUGAGUGCGAUUGGAGUGGAUACAAAUGUUGCCCGACGAAAUAUGUAGGACAGAAGAAAACACCAAUCAGCCCACCAAAGCUGGAACCGGAAACAUGCAAUAAUAAUGGUGUAUGUGUACCACAUGAUCAGUGUCUGGUGAAUCCAGAUGGCAUAUCAAUAAUCGAAGCAAGGCAUGCUGACUGCAGCAAUGCUGACCAUACUUGUUGCCCGACUGACAAAGUUAAAUCUAACUUGGAUUCCGAUGUCUGUAACAGCGUUGGAGGGAAAUGUGUUCCACAGAAUCAAUGCUCAUCCCUUCUCACAAUCAAUGUGCGAAUAUCGCAAUGCGAACUCCCGGGUUAUGUUUGUUGUACCGGCGACGGAACGAAUAGCACGUCUGCUGCAUCUAGUGGAAAGCCGUGCUUCAAUGGAAAUGGAAAAUGUACAUCCAGGAAUACCUGCCGUAGCACAACUUACCGCGAUCGCAAGGGUGAAUGCAAUGGCCUUGUUUGCUGUGCUACAGUCACAGAACCAGGGCAACAAACACCAAAGCCUGUUCGUACUACUACAGAAAGUACAUCUUCGAUAAUUGAUAGCAGUGCUCCUGCGACCGACAGAGUGAUCUGCAAUGACAUUGGUGGACUUUGCCUAUCUGCUCAAGAGUGUAUCACAACCGCCGGAGAAAUGUAUGAAGAAUGCGAAAAUGAAGAGAAGGUUUGCUGUUUACGACAGAGCACUACAACUGAAAAAUGGACUACGAUUGAUCCGCUCAAACCUAAACCAAUGAAUAAUAAUUACACACCACGAGGAUGCGGAUAUCGCAACGAGGGCGGCGUUGGUUUCAACACAAUAGGUGGCUCAGAGGGAGAGUCCCAAUACGGAGAGUUUCCAUGGAUGGUAGCCAUAUUGACUGGGACGGGAUCAGGUACUAAAUUUGUCUGCGGAGGAGCUUUGAUAGAUCCCGAAGUGAUUUUAACAACUGCAGAUUGCGUUAAAUCUUUUCGGCGGAAACCUGAAACAUUGAUCGUUCGUGCCGGUGAAUGGGACAUGGGUUCAUUGAAAGAGCCUAUUCCACAUGAGGAGCGAUUUGUUCGACUAGUUAAGGUUCAUCCUGCAUUCAAACCAACAUCAUUGGUGAAUAAUGUUGCCCUUUUAUUUCUGGACGAUAAAUUCGAUCUUGGCGAUACGAUUGAGCCAGUCUGCUUGCCCCCAAACGAUUUCACCAUCUCCAAUGGACAUGUCGUGGCUACCGGAUGGGGCACAACACCAACUAACCGUAAUAAAUAUCAACAAAUCUUAAAAAGUCUCGAGCUACCAUACACACAUCGAUCGGAUUGUGAGCGUGUGUUGCGAAAGAUGACAAGGAAUUCUCGGUUCUCGUUGGACGAUAGCUUCAUGUGCGCCGGUGGUGACUCAGAGGUAGAUACGUGCCAAGGAGAUGCAGGAUCACCAAUUGUCUACGCUAUCCCGGAUGACCUACAAUAUCGAGUAUAUGCAGUUGGCAUGGUGUCCUGGGGUGUCGGAUGCGGACGCCCUGGAGUACCAGCAGCCUACACUAAUGUGGCAAAGUUUAGAGAUUGGAUUGAUGAACAAAUGACACAGGAAGAUGUUACAGUAUAUUACUACAUGUACUACCGAGAAUCACCUGAUGAUAAUGAUGGGGGAAGAAACUGAUGAAUUAGCAUAUGAGAUAUUAGUUCAGUGUUGAUAAUAAAAAGAUAGCCAACAUCUCA